AGGAGGGACGGUUUAGAGGGAGCACCGCGGGGCUGGUCAGUCAGGAGCGGAGAAUCGGGGAGGCCUGGAUCCGUCACUCUUGGAUCAUGGAUCCCUGCACCGGGGUCAUGGUUCCCUCAUACCGUCGUCCUGGAUUCGUCACACCAGGGCCAUCGAUGUGUCACUCCGGGGUCUGGGAUCCGUCAUACUUGGAUUAUGUUUCCCCCGCACCGGGAUCAUGGAUCCCUCCCACCGGCGCCAUGAAUCCCUUGCACCGGGGUCCAGGAUCCCCCGCACCGGGCUCUGUGCCCCCCUCACACUCCAGCGAUCGCCUCGGGGCCUCGUUCCUGGCUGUUCUCGGGCACCCCAGCGCGGCCCGGCCCGGCGGGGCAGGGCUGGAGAGGGCGGUGAAGUGAAGCCCAUCCCGGAUGGCGCUAUCGGGGUCUUCCAUGCUGUUAAAGAUAAGAUUCUGAUGAGUCCCCAGCUGUUGUUGUGCUUGGGGAGUGCAUGACAUGGGUGGCAGCGCUGCCUUGAAAGCUGGAAAACACAAGGUGUUUCCCAGUGGGCUUUCCCAGUUGUUGGGAGUUUUUUCCAGCCACAUUGAAGCGGGAGGCAGAGGAGGCACCAGGAGAGUUCAUCAGCUCCGUCCGUGUGCCCUCACACAGGAUCACCUCUGGCUGGGUCAUUUCUGAGCAGCGCAUGCCACACCUGUCCCUAAGGACCACAGACAUUGGCGGGUUCACCUGGCAAUGCCAGUGCGUGCUGACUUUAAUAGAAAGUAUUCCCUUGUGCCUGAUCUGAAUCUUUCUUGUCACAUGUCCGCAGUGGACACGGAUAAUAUUACGUUCUCCAGUUAUGUGUUUGAAAACUGUUGCCAUGAUCCUUCUCAGUCUCCUUUUCUUUAGCUAAAACAACCCUAAGUUUCUCUUCCAUAUUUUAUGACUCCUUUGUCAUUCUUCUGGGUGGUCUCCUGUAAAUUGUCACCAGUUGAUUCAGAGCUUCCUUUCUGUAAUGUGGCCAGAACUGCGUGUCCCAUGCUGAGAAACAGAAAACGAGAUUUGGGGUACUUUAGAGGUCAGGCUUCUGUUUAUACUGUGGGAUUUUUCAAAGCAAAAUAUAUUGCACAAGGUUGACAUAAUACAUACGUGUAUUUUCAGGACUGAGAUAAAAGUUGUUGGGAUGAGUUGUGAGCGUAUAAAUACCCCUAUAAGGGCGUUCUCUGGGACUGCAGAACACCUUGGAGCUGGAAUAAAUCUACAAAUAGUGAAAAGAUUGUAUGAGCCUUUAUUCUCCCCUGGAGACCCUGCUUUGGUGGGACAGAGCAAUCAAGGACCCCUGCUGCACCCUAGUUUGCUACAGACACUAGAAAGAGCAAGGCUGAUGUUUGGGAAAGCAGCAAAAGCUGACCAGACAGAAAAAGCAUGUGUGACAGUCCUGUUUUUCACCCCUGGCACCUCGCAAAAUAAUGGGUCAUUUCCCAAAAUCAUCAGCCUGCCUUAGAAAAGGUGCCUUGACAGUUGUUUCCUGUCUGUUACAGCUUCUAGAUAGCAAUGCUUAUUUUUUCACACGCAAUCAGGUUUAUCAGAAAUGGAAAUAAUUAGGUUCUUUCUUUUGAAAGUUUAAAACUGUGACUCUCGUGUAAUAACUGGAGUUCCCUUUGCUCAGUCUCAGAAGAAUAAAAUGGUAAGUUGAGAUGCUCAGAGCCAGUUGCAGUGGGAGGAAGGAGAGGGUAGCAAUGAAGCUGGGUAUGGAGAGUACCUUGCUCCUCCUUGAUCUUUUGCAAUGUAUCACCUUUACACAGCUUAGUACAGAUACAUCCUUGUCAGUCCAGCCUCUGGGCUCCUUUUGGAAGUGGUGUAGGUGCCAAGGCUGAACAACUUGGCCCCAGUGCUUAUCACCAGCAUUUUCAAACACAUCUGUCCCUGUGCUGUGCAUGGGUGCACAUCUUUUUGCAUUAACUGACCUAAUUCCUUAAUUUUCUCUUCUCUCUUUCCUGCAUUUCUCCCUUUUCACUUUCUCUGAGCCUGUCCACUGGGGGUAGGCAGUGGUCUUUCCUGUUGCUUGAGAUACGGAUUUGUACAAAUCCAUGCCUCAUGGCAGCAAAAUGCUGAGGAAUGGGAACUAACUUGAUACCUCUUGUUCCGUUUCAGUCACCCUAGAAGUAAUAUUUUAGUUUUCUUAAUAUACUUGCUGGAAGAACAGGUUUGCCUUUCCUGACCUCAUUCCUAAAAUACUUCUUGUGUAACUUCUUAAAAAGUAUUGAAGGACAAGGAAAUAGUAGUGAAAUGGGAAUGAAUCACAAGACUAAUCAGCAAAUGCCGCCCAAAAAAAAAAAGAAGGUGGUAAAACUCUCAGUGUUGUUUUUCUGCCAGCUUCUUUUUGGCUCUGAUUUAAAGGUCAGAGACAUCUUAUCCAGCUUACUGACAUCGGUGGGAAACUCCAGUUUUCCCCAGGAGUGAGUAAAUAACCUCAGUGGUGUCUCCCAAAGCUAUAUAGUGAGGUCAGAAAACAUUCUGUGAGGAUAUUCUCAAUAAUGAAUAAAGGACCUGGUUACAGAUCCUACCUGGCUGAAUCCUGACACACAGUCAGUCCAUAAAUCCACCUGCACAAACUGGGGCCCCUUUUUAUAGUGCCAGAACUUGAUUUAUUUUCCAUGGUAUAUGUGGGGAUCACUGCUGGACAUUUAGUUCAGACUGGUUGCUAAGAGUGUUAACAACAGCAAUGCCUAUUUUGUUUCUUAUUUGGACACACUCCUGGUCUCCAGUGAUUCCAUAAUCUCUUGAAGGAUAAUACUCCCCUCUUGCCCUCCCCUAAAAGUUUCGUGCCAACAGCGCUUGCUUGCACUUACCAGAGUUAUUUCCUUGAGUCAUCUUGUGGCAAACACUUGUAAGAUUAAACUUUUUCUUUCUUGCAUUGUUUCUGAGUGAAUUCUACAUGAACCCUCACAAUUGCAAAACUCCAACAACAGAAUAGAGGGAGGAGGGAUAAAGUGUUACCUGCUAACCCCAGAGAGGGAGGAGCUCCUACUUCAAACAUUACCAGAAUUAUAAGGAAGGUGUGUACUUAGAGCACUUCCUCAAUGUAGAAUUUCAAGCACACUAUGCUGAAGACCUGUCCUGAGGGAGCUCUAGAAAGUCUCCAGAGGGUCAUUUCAUGGGGGAAAAUCCUGCCAAGAACCAUUAUGCACAGCUUAACCAGGGAGAAGAGAAUGAGAUGGAUAUAUUUGGCUACAAAACUCAAGGCUGCCGAAAGGCCUUUUGCAUUGCUGGAUACAUCUUGUCCUGUGGGGCUCUGAGGCUGCUGUUUUACUGGAAGCCAGAGUGGCAUGUGUGGGUAAACUGCAUCCGAUGCAGCCUGGAAGAAGCGGAUAUUGUUCUGCUUAGAACAACAGAUGAUUUUCGGAUUUACUCUCGUAAGACUGUGACAUGGAUCUUUGUAUCUGCAUUUAUCAAAAGUAGAUCAGAUUAUCCAGCCACUGAGGAAGACUCAAUCUUCAGCAAAGCCAUAAUGAAGCCAAGUUUGCAAGUGAAAACUAUCCAAGUGCAAAAAAUCCGCUAUGUCUGGAAUAUCUAUGCAAAACAGUUCCAGAAAGUUGGAGUCCUAGAAGACCACCACACUUGCUCAGCUAUACAUGAUAAAUUUGGUUCUGGUCUCACCUGCAAUGAACAGAAUGUCAGGAGAGUUAUAUGUGGGCCAAACACUAUUGAUGUUCCAGUGAUCCCUGUUUGGAAACUACUCAUCAAAGAGGUCCUAAAUCCAUUUUACGUGUUCCAGCUGUUCAGUGUGUGUCUGUGGUUUGCUGAAGAUUACAUGGAGUAUGCCGCUGCCAUCAUAAUCAUGUCUCUCCUCUCAAUAUUUUUGACUGUAUACGAUCUUAGACAGCAAUCCAUUAAACUGCACAGACUGGUUGAGGCUCAUAACAACACCAUGGUCACUGUCUGCAGAAAUAAGGAAGGUUUCCAAGAGCUGGAAUCACACCAUCUUGUUCCUGGAGAUAUGAUGAUUUUGAAAGAGGGCAAAACCCUUUUGCCUUGUGAUGCCAUUCUGGUCAGUGGGCAGUGCACUGUAAAUGAAAGCAUGCUGACAGGAGAAAGUAUUCCAGUAACAAAGACCCAUCUACCUCAAACUGAUAACUCCAAGCCCUGGAGAGUGUACUGUGCAGAGGAUUACAAAAAACAUGUCCUCUUCUGUGGAACAGAGGUCAUCCAGACCAAGGCAGAUGACAGAGGAGUAGUUAAAGCUGUGGUGCUGCGGACUGGUUUCAACACAGCCAAGGGUGAUCUGGUGAGGUCCAUUCUCUACCCUAAACCCAUGAACUUCAAGCUGUACAGAGAUGCCCUCCGGUUCCUGAUGUGCCUCAUAGCAUUUGCAGCCAUUGGAAUGAUCUACACAGUGUGUGUAUUUGCACUUAAUGGGGAGGAGACAGGAGAAAUAGUGAAGAAGGCUCUGGAUGUUAUCACUAUUGCUGUCCCACCAGCUCUUCCAGCUGCCUUGACAACAGGAAUCAUUUAUACGCAGCAGAGGUUGAAGAAAAAAGGCAUCUUUUGCAUCAGCCCACAGAGGAUCAACAUAUGUGGACAGCUGAACCUUGUCUGCUUUGACAAAACUGGCACCUUAACAGAAGAUGGCCUGGAUCUCUGGGGCUUGCUGCCCUCUGAAAGAAACUGCUUUCAGGACAUUCACAGUUUCCCUGCAGACCACAGCCUGCCUUGGGGCCCAGUGUUCAAAGCACUGGCAGUUUGUCAUUCAUUAAUUGUUUGGGAGGGCAAGAUCCAAGGAGACCCACUGGAUGUGAAAAUGUUCGAGGCCACUAACUGGGUGAUAGAUGAUUCCAGUGGACACCAGACUGAAGGUCAAGGAUCCACAGAUGCCACAGUUGUUAGACCUGGUCCUAAAGCCACCACUGCCCCAGUGGAAGGAAUUACCAUUUUACAUCAGUUUCCAUUUUCCUCAGCCUUGCAAAGAAUGUCUGUCAUUGCCCAGGAAAUCGGUGGGGAUCCACAGGCCUUCAUAAAAGGGGCUCCAGAAAUAGUAGCCAUGCUGUGUAGAGCGGAAACAGUUCCAUCGAACUUUGAAAGCAAGCUCCUGCUCUACACAGCCCAGGGCUUUAGGGUCAUUGGACUGGCCUGUAAAUCUCUCCAGGCAGGGAAACUGCCUGCUGCUCUAACAAGGGAGGAGGUAGAAUCUGAUCUGACAUUCCUGGGUCUGCUGAUAAUGGAGAAUCGAUUAAAGAGGGAGACAAAGCCUGCCCUGGAAGAGCUCAGUGCUGCCUGCAUCAGGAGUGUUAUGGUCACAGGAGACAACAUUCAGACAGCUAUAACAGUUGCCAAAAAUGCUGGCAUGAUUGCUCCAACACAGAGAGUGAUUCUUGUGGAAGCAAACAAAGUGCCUGGAUCUUUUUCAGCAUCUAUAACCUGGAAAUCCCUAGAAAAAAACAAAGCUGAAGAUUACAGAAGCCUGGAGGAUGAUAGUCAGACUGAGCCAGGAAUCAGGCUGGCAUUGGGAUCAGGCCAGUAUCAUUUUGCCAUGAGUGGAAAAUCUUACCAAAUAGUAGCACAGCAUUUCAGGCACUUACUUCCAAAGCUCUUGCUGAAUGGAACAGUUUUUGCUAGAAUGUCUCCUAGUCAGAAAUCCAGCCUUGUAGAAGAGUUUCAAAAGCUGGAUUACUUUGUGGGCAUGUGUGGAGAUGGAGCCAAUGACUGUGGGGCUUUGAAAGUGGCACAUGCAGGGAUAUCACUGUCGGAGCAGGAGGCGUCUGUGGCUUCACCUUUCACAUCCCAAACCCCCAGCAUAGCCUGUGUUCCAGAGCUAAUCAGGGAAGGCCGUGCUGCUCUUGUCACGUCCUUUUGCAUGUUCAAGUACAUGGCACUGUACAGCACAAUUCAGUACCUUGGUGUUCUCCUGCUUUACUGGCAACUAAACUCCUUGGGGAACUACCAAUUCUUGUUCCAAGAUCUGGCUAUUACCACUGUAAUUGGUGUGACAAUGAGUUUCACAGGUGCCUAUCCAAAGCUGGUCCCCUACAGGCCUCCAAGCCAGCUCAUCUCGCCCCCAUUGCUGCUCUCUGUUGUACUUAACAUCCUCUUCAGCCUCAGCAUGCAGAUCUUUGGGUUUGUGGUGGUCCAGAAGCAGCCUUGGUAUUCCAAGACCGAUAUACACAGUGCCUGCCUGUCAGUGAACAACCAUGAGAGGAAUUCAUCCUCCAGCCUGGGGCUCCAUGGGGCAAGAGAUGGAGCCCAUGAGCAAACAGACAAUGGCUUCAAGAGCUAUGAAAACACCACAGUGUGGCUGCUGAGUACCAUCAAUUGCCUCAUUGUAGCAGUAGUGUUUUCCAAGGGAAAGCCUUUCAGGCAACCCAUCUACACCAACUAUGUGUUCAUACUGGUGCUCAUAGGGCAGCUGGGCAUUUGCCUCUUCUUGAUGUUUGCUGACAUUGAUGAUCUCUACUCCAAGAUGGAUCUUGUGUGCACCCCUACCACGUGGCGAAUCUCCAUGGUGAUAAUGCUUGCAGUCACAUUUGCUGUGUCCUUCCUUGUUGAGGAAGCUAUCAUUGAGAACAGACCCCUGUGGCUGCUUCUGAAAAAGACCUUCCGGUACCACUCAAAGAGCCACUACAAGAGGCUGCAGCACAUGUUAGAGCAGGACUCAGCCUGGCCACCUUUGAACGAAACCUUCUUCUCAGCUUCUGUGGCAGUAACAGUAGAGGGAAAUAUAGGAGGCCAUAGCAAUCCAACAUUUGACAGCAGUGAGGACUCACUCUGAAGGAAACUGCAGUGGACCCAUGUCCAGGACAGUUGCAUUUGACCUUAAAAGGACUCAGUGACUUAAAAAGAAGAAGGACUCACUCAUUACUGUUCUCCCAUUCUAGGAGUAACCAGCUUUUGCUUACACCUAAAUUAACCGGAAGCGCAAAAGCUGCUGCAGUAACAUAAAGCCAUGAUGGUGUUUCUCUGUCCCCUUGCUCAUGCACACGUCUGCCAGCUGUAAAUCAAACACCUUGCUGAAUAUUGUUCAAGUAUUUGUGGUUGAAACAAAUAUCCCUGCAUCCCUCUGUUGAACUGCAUUAUGUAAUCCCUAAGGGUGGGGGAUCCUCCGCAUGAAAAGCAGCUAACUGCAAUAGCAGCACUCCUCUGGGCAGAUCCCCUUUGAGAAAAUGAGUAGAACUUAUUCCUGAUAGAGGCUGCUGAGCAUAGGCAUUCCUGGGAUUCCUCAUGGGGUUUCAGGUACUGCUACUUGGUAUCUUGCAUUUUUGGAGGUUUUAACCCUUCUGGCAAUACUUGGCUUCCAGAGCUGGAAGGAGCUGCAAACAGCCAAAGCUUUCUAGAAGUGUCCACUCCCAGCACCAUUGUGCUCUUCCCAUGACUGGAACAAAAAGAGCUCUCUUGCUAGCUCACUGCUACCAGGAAACCUGUUUGCCCUCUUAGUUUUUGGCAAGUGAUACUUGCAUUUUAUGGGAAAAAAAUUUUUUGACCUGCAAAGCAGGAUGAUUUCAUUAUUUAACAGUUUUUUGGUGGGAGUAUUUUUUCAGGAUAUCCAUUUAAAAAAUGUAGAAUGGAACAUGCAUUAAUUGCAAAUUGUGAUCUCAUCCUGUGGGUCUUCAAGGACCCACUGUCCCUUGUGGUGUGAGUUUGCUUUACUAGGACAGCUGCUGCACAGCUGGGCUGCCUCCUGACAUCAGCUUUACCAGUGCCAAAAGAAGCAAACAUUGAAGGGGUUAUUACCCUCAAGGACCUAAGGCCUGAAAGAAAAGAUGUGGAGCCAAAUAAGUCUCAAAAUAAUUUAUUUUAAAUUCUGUGGCAUGCUCUUAAGUUGAACCAUCUGAGGUUUUGUCUCUGGUUUCUCCAUAGUUGCAGAUGCAAUCCAUCCAUCAGCUCAUAUCCCUCAUCUGUUAACCUUUGAUGGUGACUUUUACUCACUUUGCUGUGCUGUGUUUGCCAUACAUAAAUGCAACAACACUGCACAUUCCCGCAAGUGUUACCUGCUUAGAAAAAUGCAGCUUCUGCCUGCACAUAUUCUCUUAGCCCACUGAUGUUAAUCUGCCUUUCUCCUCAUUACAUUUUGCAAUCUUCAUCCCCAGCUGGGUAAAACAACAAGACAGUCAACCAGAAGGGCUUUGGACCAAGAGGAACACUUCCUUCUGUGGAUGAAGUGUGCAGGGGAGCUGUGCCUUCUGAGCUGACUGCACAGUUUGUUUUCCACAGUUGGAGCUUACCCCUGCUUUUACUGGGUGGGGUUGAGAAGCACUUUAUUAUUGGAAGCUGUAUUUUCCCACUGUUGUGUGCUAAAGCACUCUUGUGCUGCUACAGAAAGCCAGGAAUUGGCCAAGUUUGGAAUAAUGAGAAAGACUUCCUUUGAUUUUUUAGACUUAAAAAGUAGCUUGGGAAACAAAGAGCAAAUCAGAAGAAAUUAUUAAUUGUUUUGAGUCAACAUAUCUGCACCAGAGUAGAGUCUGAAAAUAAUCUAGCUUGAAUCUAAAAAUAACUAAGAAAAUAAAUAAAUAAUAGCUAAGAAGAAAAAAAAAAACCGAACAAACUCAACCAAACAAUACUUCAACUUGAACAAAACAUUUAUUUGACUCAAAGCAAUUUUUUUAUCUGUUUUUGACAAGUUUGGCAUAAGCAAAUGGAGUAAGUACCUUCCUACUUAAGUAGUUUACCUAAUAGUAAAUGCCUGUCACAAAGCCACACAACUUGCCACAAACUAGAAAUGUUUCAUAUUAAUCCCUAAAAGUGUUUCCAAAGUUUUCGUGGGUUCUCAGUUCACAGCAAAAUCCACUGGAAGGGGAAGGCUAGAUGAUCUCUGCAUUCCUUACAGCUUGAGGCACCAAAGAGCAGGUUAAUGGAGUUAUUCCUGAGAGCCUGUCUUUCAGAUACAGUAACAUUUUUAUUGAGGUCAAAAUUCACUGUCCUAUUUAUGAACUCCCUCACAAAACUAAUAUGUUGCUAAAUGCGAUACAGUGACAGCUGCAGUAGCAUUGCCAACCGGGCAUGUGAUUUAUAUUUAGAUACCCCUGACACUAUGAAAGUAUCAAGUCUUGGCAAACCUGUGGUAAUUGUUGGGUUGACAGGAUAAAAAACUGCUUGCCUGAUGCUGAAAUACAGCCUUACAUGCAAGAGAACAGAGUUCAGAUGCUAGGUAAUGUUUAACCCCUGCCACUCUAAGCACUCUAAUCCCCUCUGCCACUUUUACCUCUGCUCCUUUUCAGAGGUUGGUAAGUCAGGGUAGCCCUUUGUGGGACACUUAUGAAGUUUUCACCUGGGUGCUUUGGGAUGGAGGGACUGAUACUUCAUAGACAUGAUCCUGGGGGGAAAGCUGGUGAACCUCUUUUUUGGCUAUUAGCCCACAUUCCUGGCAGAAGGUUGCAGGGAAGAAGAGGAAGCUAAGGAGACGCUGCAUACUUGUAACAGCUAAAUAUUUCCCUUAUGAUGACUGUGUCCCUUCUUGGAGAGUCAAAGACUGAUAUCCUCCUCCUCUGCUGUUGGCCCUUAUUCCUGGCAGAACUUUUCCUGUGGACAGGGAUAUCUUGCCUCCUGACUGAGCAGCGGCAAAGACCUGGAGUGCUCGUGCUUUGUGCAGCUGCUAGGAUCUCAGCCAAAUCCUAACUACCCUUUCAUGGAGGCUCUUGAUAAUGAUCUUGAGUGGAAUUUUUCGGUACAGCUAAGGCAUACUCGUUCCUCUUCAACAGCCUUGGUUUAGCCUUUAACAGCCAAGGCACCAGAGAAAUGCUGCUGCUGCUGCUGGGCUUGCUUGUGGCCUCAACAGUAAAGCACAAGUGUGUUUUAGAACAGAGGGAAAUAUCUGCAAAAUUGCUAAUUUCAAUUGCUUUAUUUGCCACAUAACUUCCUUUUCUCCUAUGACAUAGACACAAGAUGUUUUUUUUUCCUGCAUAGAUAGGGACACACUGCAGGACUGAUCUUCCUCUACAGAGGACAAAACAAAUGCAUCUUGUGGAUAAGAGGGGAAGUGAUUAUGGAUGGUUGUUUGCUAAGCUUGCAUAUGGAAAUGCCAGGCAUGUGUUUCUGCACACAGGAUAUUGUCGUAUCUUCUGUGUUCACUUUACUGGGCUAUGGAUGCUACAAGAGUGUCCUUAAAAGGAGAGAGACCUCUGAAUGCUGGGACUCUAAAUUAAUGUGUGCCUGAACUUUUAGUGGAGUAUGUUUGAAACCCUACAAAAUACAUGAAAAGUCCCAGGGCUCCUGAAAUUGGUUAGAUUUGAUGUUACCAACCUUUCAAUGCCCUCUGGAGAGGGGUUUUGAAGAGAACUCCAGUGUGGCAGUCUGAAAAGUUUAUUUAAUUUGAACUUUGCACUUCCAUCCAAGGCUGAAACUUCAUGUUUGAAAUAUUAAUGGUCAUGCCUGGAGGCAGACUGGUCCUCAUAAGCUUGUGGUAUUUCAGUCCAGAUACAGCUUCACUGUCCAAAGGCUGGCACCCUGAUUUAGUGUCUGUCUCUUUGUCCUAGUGAAUGUCGAAGAAUGUAUUAAAUUUUCAACGAGGGACCAAAUUUGUCAGAUGAAUAAUUCAUUUCAGUUCCAGUCUUUACGCAGAAAGCACUUUCACUGGCUAUUUCAGUUCCACUAGCUCUACAGAAUAGUCUGCCACUACUUCAGAGAAGCCAAGGGGUGGGUAAAUCUCAAAAAAGCUUAAUCCUUUGCUGUUAGUUAGGUAUCACAAUAACCAGUAUUAUGCUCUCAGAUAUCUGUGGGGCUUGUAGCCUGUUUGAACAUAACAUACAAAAGUGAGUGAUGACUGUUGUUAUAAGUCUGACACAAUGUAGAGUAGCAAAAAGUAUGGAAGUACAAGGAAAUCAAACCAUCAUUUCAGCAGUAGUCUAAGGUAAUUACUGCUGGCCUCACAGACCAUUACUUUCUCUUUACAAUUUUCCUUUCUCCAAAUAGUUAUCAUAUUCACAGUGACUUUCUUAAAUCGCAAAAUAUUAAAGACUUCUAUGCUAAUUUAUUCUUCCCUCCCUCCCCCCCUCCCCCCCACUCCCACACACAUUUGGGUAUUGUCUCCUGAGCAAUUACAUAACAUCAGAAGUGUUAUAGUCACCUCUGCUAGAUGGCUGUGCUGGGAAAUCACAUGACUUACAGUCCCUCAAGUCUGACUUUCCGUUCCCAGCGUAGUUGCUGCCAAAGACGAAUUGGUUAUUAACAGUUUCUAGUUACAGACAGGUGUAAGCUGAUAAGCUCUUCCCCGGCAGCCAGGAGGAAUGUGUCCUGGGGUGCCUCAGGCAUGGCAUUGUCAGCCAAUCGAGGGAGGGAUUGUCCCCUCUGCUCUGCACUGGGGCGGCCUCACCUCGAGUGCUGGGGGCAGCUUUGGGCACCACAAUGUAAGAAAGACAUGAAACUAUUAGAGAGCAUCCAAAGGAGGGCAAUGAAUGGUGAAGGACCUUGAGGAGAAGCUGAAUGAGGAGCAGCUGAGGGCACUGGGUCUGUUCAGCCUGGAGGAGACUGAGGAGACUCAGUGCAGUUACAGCUUCCUCCUGAGGGGAAGAGAAGGGGCAGACACUGAUCCCUUCUCUCUGGUGACCAGUGACAGGGCCCCAGGAAAUGGCCUGAAAUUGUGUCAGGCUAGCUUUAAGCUGGAUAUUAGAAAAAGGUUCUUCCCCCAGAUGGUGGUUGGGCACUGGAACAGCCUCCCCAGGGAAGUGGUCACAGCACAAAACCUGGCAGAGCUCAAGAAGAGUUUGG